AGAGAGAGAGACAGACAGAGCGAAAGGAGUCGCAGAAAACUACCGAGCAGCCAGAGAGACAGCCUGGUGUCCAUGCAUCCAAUGCCCAUCAUGGCUGUAUAUAUGAGCCUCCUCAUGCUGGCUCUCAGUGUGUUUGGACAAGAGCUUCCGUCAGGUCCUCAUGGCUGCACAGAGGGAAGCUGCUACCCUGCAACAGGAAACCUUCUGAUUGGACGGGCCGUCAACUUAUCCGCAACCUCUACCUGUGGUCUAGGUGGGCCGGAGCACUACUGCAUUGUUAGCCAUCUGCAGGAGUCAGACAAGUGUUUUGAAUGCAACUCCCUGCAUCCAUACGACCCGUAUUACUACAGAAACAGCCACCGCAUCGAAAAUGUGAUCUACCUCAUGGACAGGAAUGGAGACAGCACCUGGUGGCAGUCUGUCAACGGACAAGAGAAUGUCAGCAUCAGACUGAACCUGGAGGCCGAAUUCCACUUCACACAUCUCAUCAUGAAGUUCAAGACUUUUCGACCUGCAGCUAUGAUAAUCGAGCGUUCUGCUGAUUUCGGCCGCACAUGGCGCCCCUACCGCUAUUUUGCCUCAAACUGUACCAGGACCUUCCCCGGCAUCCCCGCCAACAGCCUGCACCACAUCAACGACAUCAUCUGUGAGGAACGCUACUCCGACAUCGAACCUUCCACUAAUGGAGAGGUCAUUUAUAAAGUUUUGGAUCCCGCCAUUCAUGUGAAAGACCCCUACAGCUUGGACAUUCAAGAACUUCUGCGUAUCACCAACCUGAGAAUCAAUUUCACCAAGCUCAACACUCUCGGGGACGACCUGCUGGACCGACGCUUUGAUGUCCUGCAGAAAUAUUACUACGCCAUCUAUGAGCUGGUGGUCAGAGGAAGCUGCUUCUGCUACGGACACGCCUCAGAGUGUGCCCCAGUGCCAGGGGUUGACACCCGGGAGGGCGGCAUGAUCCACGGCCGCUGUGUAUGCAAACAUAAUACAGAGGGCCUGAACUGCGAGCGCUGCAGACACUUUCACAAUGACCUGCCAUGGAGACCAGCAGAGGCAGAGAACCCACACACCUGCAGAGAGUGUAACUGUAACGGCCACUCAAACCAGUGUCACUUUGACAUGGCGGUGUAUUUGGCUACGGGCAACACCAGCGGAGGAGUUUGUGAUGACUGUCUGCACAACACAAUGGGACGCAACUGUGAGAUGUGCAAACCUUUCUACUUCAAAGACCCUAACAGGGAUAUCAGGGACCCGCGCGUUUGUAUUGCCUGUGACUGUGACCCAGUCGGAUCUUUGGAAGGAGGAGUCUGCGACAGUCACACAGACCUGGACAUGGGGAUGAUCUCAGGACAGUGUCGGUGCAAGGUCAACGUCAAAGGCACACGCUGCGACGAUUGCAAGGAGGGUUAUUACGGAUUGAGCCACAAUGACCCGCUUGGGUGUCAACCUUGCAACUGUGACCCUCGUGGCAUCAUCAUGAUGGGAGCUCCUUGCGACCAGAUCAGCGGGGACUGCUCCUGCAAAAGAUAUGUCACUGGACGCUACUGCAACCAGUGUCUGCCUGAAUACUGGGGGCUCAGUAACGACCUGGCUGGCUGCAGGCCAUGUGACUGUGAUUUCGGUGGAGCCUUUAACAACAGGUGCAUGAUGGACAACGGCCAGUGUGACUGCAGGAGGAAUCUGAUUGGUCGACAGUGUUCAGAGGUUCAGCCUGGCUAUUUCUGUGCCCCACUGGACUACUACAAAUAUGAGGCUGAAGACUCCACUGGACAUUCCCCCACUGAUUCUGCACUGCCGGGCAAAGUUCGUCCUCAGGCCGAGACUGACUGUGUCCAGCACCUUAGCAACCAGCUGAGGAGGCACCGGCGUCACCGUCGCAUCAGCAGUUCACAGCAGCAUCGAGCAGCACUGAGACGCAUCCGCCAGCUUCAACAAACGCCGGAUGUGAGGCCUGAUUAUAGAGGGCGCACUCCGAGCCACAUGGUGUCGUGGACAGGACCUGGCUUUGCCCGUGUCAAGGAUGGUGCUGGCUUGGUGUUCACUAUUGACAACAUCCCCUAUGCCAUGGAGUAUGACAUCAUGAUCCGCUACGAAACUGAGUCUACAGAGGACUGGGAGGCUGUAGUUAGUGUUACAUCUGUACUGCUGCCCUCCAGUCUCCGGUGUGGAAACCUCCUACCAACUGAACAGCUCUACACAGUGACCCUACCACACCAAAACAGAUACAUCCAGAUGCCCAGGCCGUUCUGUUUCGAGCCCAGUAAUCGUUACGUGGUUGCAAUCAGGUUCCAGCGCCACGGAGUCUCACACAGACAUCUUACUGCCUUCGUUCUAGUUGACUCGCUGGUUCUUGUCCCCAAAUACACUGAACUUCCUGGUUUCCAAGAUAAUGAGCCCGAGGCAGAGCAGCGGCGGGACGAUAUGAUUCGCUACAUGUGUCUCGAUUCCUUCAUGAUGACGCCAAUGCCUGCCCUGGCUGAGAUGUGUUCUAAGCUCAUCUGCAGUAUUUCAUCCAUCAUUCAUGACGGUGCUUUGUCCUGUCAGUGCGACCCUCAGGGCUCCCUCAGUGGCGAGUGUGAUAAGGUGGGGGGUCAGUGUCAUUGUAAACCAAAUGUGAUUGGACGCCGCUGUGACCAGUGUGCCCCAGGAACCUAUGGCUUUGGAGUGAAUGGCUGUACUGCCUGUGACUGCCACUCAGAGGGCUCACUGAGCCACCAGUGUGACCCAGUCACGGGCCAGUGCCAGUGCAGGCAGGGAGCCACCGGGCGUCAGUGCUCAGACUGCCAACCAGGCCAGUGGGGCUUCCCCAGCUGCAGCCCCUGUCAGUGUAACGGCCACGCAGACCUGUGUGACCCUCGCUCUGGGGAGUGUUCAGACUGCAGGGACUACACAGCAGGACACCUCUGUGAGCGUUGUGUGGAUGGGUUCUUUGGAAACCCAGUGCUCGGUGCAGGGGAGCACUGUCGGCCUUGCCCCUGUCCCGGUAACCCCGGCUCGGAUCACUUUAACGGACACUCCUGUCAAGCUGACCUCACCUCUAAUCAGAUCAUCUGUAACUGCAGACAAGGCUACACUGGGCCCCGCUGUGACCAGUGUGCCCCUGGUUACUAUGGCAACCCAGAGCAAGCUGGUGGGGAGUGUCUUCCUUGCGAGUGCAAUGGCAACAUCGACACCCAGGAUCCUGGGUCUUGCGACCCCAGAACCGGCCAAUGCCUUAAAUGCCUGUACCACACCGAUGGUCCGUCCUGCGACCAGUGUGAAAAUGGUUACUAUGGCAAUGCUUUGGUCCACGACUGCAGACGUUGUACCUGUGUGACUGCUGGCACCAUCCAGUCAGCCUGCAGUGACGGACAGUGUCACUGCGACAGGCAGACAGGAGCCUGCCUUUGCAGAGGGAACGUUAUUGGCCACAACUGUGAUCAGUGUGCUCCUAACCACUGGAACUAUGGCCAGGAGAGAGGCUGUGAGCUCUGUGGCUGCAACCCGCAACAUGCCAUGGGUGCUCACUGCAACAUGUUCACAGGCCAGUGCCACUGCCGUCCAGGCUUUGGAGGUAAACAGUGCAGCGAGUGUGAGCAGUUCCACUGGGGAGACCCACGGGUGCAAUGUCAAGAGUGUAAGUGCCAUCCUCUGGGAUCAGAGAUGGCCCAGUGUGACCGAACAACGGGGGCCUGCGAAUGCCGGGAGGGAGCGGCGGGGAAGCGCUGCGAUGAAUGCGCUCGAGGCUUCACAGGCGCCUUCCCCAAGUGCGUCCAGUGUCAUCCGUGCUUUCAACUGUGGGACGACGCGGUGUGCCAACUAAGAAGGGACCUGGAACACAUCCAGUACAUUGUGCAGAAGAUCCUAGAGAGUGGGUUCACGCCGGGAAUUGGCGACAAGCGCAUCAAAGAGCUGGAGAGGAAGCUGAAGCAAGUGCAGGAUAUGAUUACUGCGGAGGACAGCAACAGAAUCCACCAGCUGAUUGGACAGAGCAUCGACGACCUCAGAGCUGAGAUCGCCCUGACCGACGGGCGUCUGAUGGGCAUCACCCGAGAGCUAAACACAACAGCAGAAGAAGACGGGGCGCUGAGACGCACACUGAGUGAGCUAGAGAGGGAGCUGAGGGACAUCAACAAAACUGUAGCAGACAAACAGCGCCUGCUGGAUGACUACCUCACCUCAGGAUUUGCAGAUCAGUUUGAGAAAGUAAAGAAGUACUAUCAGGAGUCAGUAGAGGCUGAGGAGCAAUGCAACUCGGCGGUGUCCGGUCCUCUCAGUCCUGUGGAGCAGUCCAAAGAAACUCGUACACUCACUGAAGACCUGCUGGAUGCCAGUAAAGACAAGUUCCUCCGAGCGCUGGCUGCUCAGAACAAAUCCUUAAAUGAGCUGCAGCAAAAGGCCCAUGACUUGGAUAAGAACGUCCAUCACCUCAGUCACAAGGUAUGUGGUGGCCACAGCAAUGACAGUGUCAAUGGCAGUUGUUCGGACAGCCAGUGCGGUGGUGCCGGUUGCCGUGACAAUGAGGGCAAUCGUAUAUGUGGAGGAGAGGGAUGCAGCGGGACCGUGAGCACUUCUGUAACAGCACUGAAUCACGCCAAGAACGUCACUGACAGUCUGACUGCUGCCAACGAGGAGCUGCAGAGUGUGGCCAGAAAGCUCCAGAAUAUAGCCUCUCUGACACAGGAUGUGAAGAAGCAGGCGAUGAACACACUGGAAAAAGCCCAGAAGAAGAAGGACCACUUUGAAAACAACAACAAGAAGCUCAAAGAUUUCAUUAAGAAGAUCAGAGACUUCCUCACUGAGGAGGGAGCAGAUCCAGAGAGCAUAGAGAAGGUGGCUAUGCAGGUCUUGUCGAUCCCUCCGCCAGUCAACAGGACCACACUGGACAAAAUGGCCAUGCAGAUAAAGGACAGCCUUUCCAACCUCACCAAUGUCGAGGAGAUCAUCAAUCAAACCUCACAGCACAUCAGGAAAGCCAAGGAGCUGCUUGAUGAAGCCAAAGAUGCCAGGAGCCGAGCAGAGGGAGUGAAGGAUACAGCCAAUGAUACCAAGCAGGCGUUGGAUGUGUCUGAUAAGGCCAUAAAGAAAGCCAGAACAGCCCUGAAUGAGGCCCACAACAACCUGAACAGCACGAGAAAUGCUACAGCUGAGUUGGAUGAGAGGCUGACACAGCUGGAGGAUAAGCAGAUGGAUGUCAUGAUGCGUUUAAACAACCUCUCCAUGGGGGUGGAAGCUUUGAGGAACAAAACGGAGCAGAACAGACAGAUGGCAAAGGACGCCAAAGCACUGGCUAACAAUGCCACACAUCUAGCAUCCUCACUGGAGCAGAGCCUCAAUGACACGGAGAAACGAUACCAUGAGCUGCAAAUGAAGGUGGAUUCUCUUGGUGGGGAUUCUGGAGGUCUGAACAGCAUCAACCAGAAAGCCAUGGAUAUGAAGAAGGAGGCAGAAGACCUCCUCAACAAAGCCAGCAAGGGGAUAGAACAACUCAGGAAACUGGAGAAGAAGUUCAAGAGUAACGAGCAGCGGAUGCAGAAGCAGCGCAUGGAGCUGGACGAGCUGAAGGAAAACGCUACGGUGGUACGCGAUGAGAUCCGGGAACAGGUGCAGAAGUACAGCAACUGUGUGUGAGGAUGUUACAGUUCCAUGUUUACCAUUUGCUGCUGUAAUCCAGAGCAGAGGUAUGGCAUUGCCUGUUAAAGUAAUACACUGCUUUGGUACCUCCAUUCUUUCACUGGUUUUACACAUUACCUGUCAAGUGUUAUGUCACAGAAAUGCCUUCCUCUGUCCAUGUACUGUACCACAUGUGUGCCUUUAAGCUAUUACAACAAGUGGAUGACCUGUGGAGAGUAUUUGUUUCACUGUAUAGGCCAUAAUAACUGAUUUGAUGAAUAAUAUUCAGAAGAAAUAUAUCAAGUAUGAUAUCAGAAAUGUGUUGUUUUGACCAUAAGUGCUUUUAAGAUUUUGUGUGUUUUUGCUGUAAUUUAACCACAUUAGUAUGAUAUUCACAAUAUGACACUCCCAUUAAGAAGUAUGUGGAAAAGUGAAAUUUUUGAAAAUAAUGUUGUGUUUAUUUUUAUUACAAAAAAACCUCUUGAUUAAAUACGUAUGAAAGCAUACAUAAGUAUUCUUAUCAGCAAUAUUCAUUCUGAGGUGUGAUGACGGAGUCAAAUAAAUUUGAUACAGUUUA